UGCGCUCGCGUCAGGCUGCGCGCGCACGUGGCAGCUCGGCCGCUCCGGGCCCGCAGCCUCGGCCGUCCAACUGCGUCAGUUUCCGUCGAGUGGCGUUUUACGAUGCGUGCACGCGGGAGAUCCGUCUCCUUGCUAUAUUACGUACAUGCGUGAAACUUAUUUUCCGACAUGACCUCUAGUUAGUUGUUCUUUCUGGAAAAUAAACUUUAACUCUCAAUGUAAAAUUUAUAUAUUUUUUUUUUUUUCCCGUGUGCAAACAAAGUGAUUCUUCUGGAUGCGUCGAAAGAAACCUUGACAUGUCCCGUCAUCGAAUCAUUGGCUGGAGAAUAUACAUAGCAAUCCAUUCACAGUUCUGACCAGAUCGAAGAGAAGCAGCAAGGAAUGAAAGGAAAUGUCAAACGGAAGAGAAAAAAUUGAAGAGCAAACACCAACUUGUGCAGGUCUCGGCAAACUCCCCAAGGAAUGUGUUCAAAAUUGUUUGUGCUUGCGCUGUGCGUAAAGGAUACUUAACUGCAGCGCCACCAGAAAGAGGACACUUGAGGUAGCAAAAGUAGUUCCGGGCACAAGGAGGCCUGUAGCGGUUUCUGAAGUUAAAUUGAGGGCAUUUACAUUAAGCUGAGGAAUGUUCGGAAGCGUGUGCUGUGCGGAGCAUAAGUAAGUAGACGUAAGAGCAGUUUCUCCAAGACAGGUAGACGUUAGAGUGCAGGAGAGGACGUAUUGUAGCGGUCUCGGCGACCUACUCGAGGAUACAACAGCACGCUGAGAAACUACAGAAAGUCGGCACAGUGCGGAGUAGAUGCAAGUAGAUGUGACAGAGAGGUAGACGUUAGAGGGCAGGAGAGAACUUGUGGCUUGUAGCGGUUUCGACGACCUACUCGAGGAUAGAAGAGCGUGCCGAGAACCUCUAGAGAGCCGGCACAGUGUGGAGUAGAUGUAAGUACAUGUAGCAGCAGUGUCUCUAAGAGAGGUAGACGUUAAGAGGGCAGGAGAUGACUACUUGUGACUUGUAGCGGUCUCGGUGACCUAGUGGAGAACAGAUCAGCGUGCUGAGAAACCAUAGAGAGUCGGCACAGUGCGGAGAAGAUGUAAGUAGACGUAACAGGAGUGUCUCUGAGAGAGGUAGACGUUAGAGGGCGGGAGAGGACUCGUGGCGACCUACUGGGGGACAGAACAGCGUGCGGAGAACACGUAGAAAGUCGGCACAGUGUGGAGUAGAUGUAAGUACAUGUAGCAGCAGUGUCUCUAAGAGAGGUAGACGUUAAGAGGGCAGGAGAUGACUACUUGUGGCUUGUAGCGGUCUCGGUGACCUAGUGGCGAACAGAUAAGCGUGCUGAGAAACCAUAGAGAGUCGGCACAGUGCGCAGUAGAUGCAAGUACGUGUAGCAGCAGUGUCUCCGAGAGAGGUGGACGUCAGAGGACAUAGCACCACCAAGAGGACCUGCAGAGAGGGAGCGGCGAUGCGCGGGGGCGAGCACGAAGGCUGAUGCUGCCCGGACGCGCGCCGAUGAACCUGCAGGUGCCGGAGCUGCGGCUGCCCGUGCCGCCGACCCCGGAGUCGCCGCGGCCCUACCCGGAGGGCCUGCCCUUGCUGCGGCCCUACCCGGAGGGCCUGCCCCUGCUGCGGCCCCAGCGGCCCGCGGCGCCCGGCAUGCUGCUGCUGGCGCCGCCCGCCCCUGGCACCCCGCGGCGGCGGCACUCCUGGAUCUGCAGGUAAGUUGAAGAAAUUUCCCAUCUACAGAGCCACGUAUUAGUAGACGCUUAUAAACUGUAAGUAUACAUGUUUAGAUUUCUAUG